UACAGUGGAGCAGAAGGCCCAUGGUAACCACUUUAGCACAGAGGCGAGUGAGUGGGUAGGGUUUCAGCUGUUCAGCGAGUGCUCUCUGGUGAUCUCGCAGAGAUAGUAGUCUAGAGCCUGUCGUCUAGGACACUGCAGGACCGCUUUGAAGAGCUCAUCAAAUGGCAAAGCUGAACCACACGGAAACUGAAUAGAGCUCCCUUUCAAAUAGGAAAUGACUUAUUGAUUUAUCCAAAUCUACAGAAAGCCUCACAUGACUUUGAUAUAGACACUCACCUGAAGAUAGUAAGGUGGUUGGAGAAGAAGACAGUUGCAAUCCCCCCCUGUCAAAAGUUAGGUCGUAAGGAUUUCUAUACCUUACGAUUCGCUUUUCAUCGUUCUCCCGAUGAAUAUUGGAAUUUCGUAGUGGAUAAAAAUCGAAUAGACACUUACAACAAAAAUGGAAGAAGAUCAAAAGUGGGGAGUUGUUGAUAAAAGUGUGCGGAGGACUUGCAGUGACCACCCUUGCAAAAAGGGUGGUCACUGGACGAUUUGGAAAGAUUUGUCCGGUAUAACUGUCUGCAUCGCAUUAUCUUUAUUGUCUCUUGGAUUUUGCGUUCUCGUUUACCUGAGGACCUCGGAGCUGAAGUCCAGGAUACUAAACCUGGAAAAACAGAGAGAUACGCAGCUCUCCGCGUGGAUCACACUCGAGCAGGUGGAACCCGUUGUCUUUGGACGAAUAGAUCAGAUUCUGGAAGAGAAAUUGGCGGCUCGACUUCCCAAAACACGAGAGACCAGAGAAGCGCCCCCUAGCUGUGUCUGUCCACCAGGACCUCCUGGUCCGCCCGGACGAUCAGGCUUUCCGGGUGACAAAGGAACAAUGGGAAUUCCUGGAAGAAUGGGGAUAAAAGGAUACGCAGGGGAGAAGGGAGCGCCAGGGGAGCCAGGCCUGUCUAUCAUUGGGCCACGAGGACCUCCUGGACAGCCAGGAACAAGAGGCUUCCCAGGCUUCCCGGGUCCGAUUGGGUUGGACGGCAAGCCCGGACAGAACGGCUUGAAAGGAGACUUGGGUCAACGUGGUCCUAAAGGAGUUGCAGGUGAACCUGGUCUGAAAGGGGAAAAGGGCGUAUGUGGAGACUACACUCACAGGCAGAUGUUACCCAUCCCCAUGCGAAACAUGCCCCCAAUAAACCCUGUAAUCCUAAAGCGCCUCAAGCAGGGUGAGCCUGGAGCUCAGGGCCCACCAGGACCUCCCGGGCCUCCAGGGCCCUCAGGGACCUCUGGACUGAAUGGUGCUAGUGGACCGCCGGGUAAACCUGGUGAACCAGGAAAACCUGGGAAAGAUCUAAGGCUCCUAUCAGGGAUGAAGGGGGAGCCAGGCAUGGCAGGAAUAAAGGGUGAUGUUGGCCCCGCUGGUCCUGAAGGCCCCAAGGGACUGAAGGGAGAGCUUGGACUGAAGGGGGACUUUGGUAUGCCGGGAAUGCCAGGGAAACAAGGAUUGAAGGGAGAGCCAGGUUUUCCAGGCGCUCCUGGAAGAAAGGGUCAAGCUGGUAUCCCCGGUACACCUGGUUUUCCUGGAAAGAGGGGCUACAGGGGUGACAAAGGCGAACCCAGCGCAGCAGGAACUGGCAUCAAAGGAGAACCAGGGACACCAGGACUCCCAGGCCUAUCAGGAUCCCAGGGUGACAAAGGCGACCAAGGUCUCAAGGGGGAAGCAGGAUCUGAUGGCCCAGCUGGACCAAGAGGUCCUCCAGGUGCAGCAGGGGAGCCAGGGAAAUCAGAAAUCAUCAACAAUGAAAAUGAUAUUCGGAAUGUACCUUUGAUGGGCCCACCUGGACCUGCAGGGGUCCCCGGAACACCAGGAACAAAGGGUGAAGUUGGCCUUCCAGGCCCUUCAGGUCUUGACGGAGAGAAGGGUCCUCGGGGGAAGCCUGGAGAGCCAGGUCCUGUUGGCCCAGCAGGCCCUGAAGGUCCCAGAGGGGAGGGGGGCCUGAUGGGUUUCUCAGGACCUAAAGGAGACAAGGGGGACAUGGGUCCCUUUGGAUCACCUGGUUUAGACGGCCCUACUGGUGAAAAGGGGGUUUCUGGGCCCCCUGGCCCCAUUGGAUUACCAGGCACAAUGGGUCAGAAGGGUGAGUCCGGAGAUAAGGGAGGAAGGUCAGACAUGGUCUAUGGGCCCCCAGGGCCUCCAGGGCCCCAAGGACCAGUUGGCCCCGCGGGACCUGAAGGACUGGGAGGACCAAAGGGGGAGCAAGGCAUAGGCAUACGGGGAGAGAAAGGAGCAUCUGGUUCGAAGGGGGAUAAAGGGGACAGGGGCCAUCUUGGACUUCCUGGAGCUCAUGGUUUAGACGGCAGGCCUGGUCGAGUGGGUCUAAUAGGACCAGUUGGUGUGGCAGGGCCAGCAGGACCAAAGGGAGAUAGAGGUUUCAAGGGAGAUUCAGGAGUCCCAGGACCAAUUGGGCCUCAAGGCAUCCCUGGUUUAGUAGGACCACAAGGAUUCAAAGGGAACCGGGGAGAGAGGGGCAAGAAAGGCAACAGGGGAACUAAAGGGGAUAAGGGAGACCAAGGAGCACCCGGAUUAGAUGCCCCCUGUCCGUUGGGGGAUGACGGCCUACCAGUAUCAGGGUGUUGGAAUAAAGGUCAAAAUCCUUUCCAACUGGCCAAGUAGUAGAGGUUCAAGAGGUCUGCUCAGCGACAUUUCGCUCAAAGCUACAGAAUGGAAACUUGAAGACAUUUGGAGGUAUCUUUGAGUUUUGACCCGACCUGUGGUUGCCAUUUUACUCAAAGAUUUUCCAGCCGACUGAAGACAGAGCCAGUAAUGUUGGGGGGGCUCCAGUGGCUUCAAUAAGAAGUCAAUAAACAAAAGGAUUUCAGUUUCCAAUGAAGUUUUUUGUUGAAGGCUUCUCAGGGUAGAAAAGCCGUCAAAGCCACAGAGAGACACGGAUGCAUUUCUUUGAGAUGAAUUUGCGUGAUUUUCAUCUGUCUUUAUUCACUAUGUGAAAGUAAGACAUGAACCUUUUAUAGUGUACACUUCCCUGUGUUUUAUUUGACACCAACAACUGUGAUUCAAGAAUUCAGAGCAGCUCACAGAACAUACAGAAAUAUUCUCUCCCUGUUCAUGUGUUUCCAAGACAAACCAAAAAAAAACGAAUGGAAACGCUUUUGAUGAUUCCUGAUAUCAAACUCACUGCCUUCUCUACUAUCCUGGGUGCUGCAGGCAUACAACAAACUGUUUAUGUAGCUAUGUUGCCUGACCUGUGCCCAAGGAAGAACUUUAGUACGAGCAUUAUACUGUUGGUAUACAUUAUAUAUACUAAAGACAUAGUAUAUUACAUUUAUUUACAUUCUUGUACUGAGGUGUAAUACUCACCAUAUCAAUGCUGAAAGAGUAAGUAUUGUACAGUAGGUGAGGGUUCACACUUUAUAAAGUGCUCACUCCGUGUUGUUAUAUAUUACAUUGGUGUGACAUGGGAGCCUCUCCAAAAACCGGCGUCAGAACAUAUCAAGCAUAUGAAUUACUCAUCGAUAUAUACAUUUUUAGACUGUCUUAGAAAAUACAUGUCAGCAGUCAUACUGACAGCUUUCAAUGAGUAUUCUAGAAUAACUUGAUUCAUAUUCCUGAGAAAUGCCAUACUAAAUGCAAGACAUCAUGCAUCAUUUUGGGCAGCUAAUUUCAACUGGAAUAAAUUUGAAAACAUGUUUAUCCUGUCUGUAUGAAUCAGUGGGCUUUACGGUUACUGUUUGUCGCCCUUAAAUAUCGAUAUGAACCAUAAGAAAUUUUAUUUCUAUUGUAGGAACAUCUUUAUAUAAGAUUGUAACCUUGAACAGCUCCUCCAAACAAUUUUAUUCUUGAAUACUGAUGAAAGAAAGAUCCCCUGAUUUUUGUUGUUGUGGCUGGAGGCACCAGAUCAGUUUUGGAGUUAUUGGACAGGUGAUAACAGACGCCGAGAUUAUUUUGAAUCGAAUGAAUUGCUUAUUUAGGUCGCCUGUGAUGUUUUUAUUGGAGCUGAUCUGCAAUUUAAUGACGUUCUUGUGUGAAAACAACGUCUGAAGUCUGAACUGCCAGUAUGUCCAUCUUGUCAACGACUAUGAUAUCUUGCGCCUUUUACUAUGUUUAACACAAACUUUCCUGUUUCCUAAAAUAAUCAAAUGCACAGAAGCAUUCCUUAUGUCAUAUUGACAACUGUCUUCUACCCCUUUGCACAACUCAAUCCAAAUGCACAGAAGAUAAUUAUUUGAAUAUUCAAAGUGGUGAAUACAGAAAAAAUGGUGUAUUGCGAACAAGGGGCAGUUAUUGUGGUUGUCCUUUAAAUUUCAUAAAAGCCACAUCAAGUCUGAGAACUAGGCUUACUAAAGUAUGUUGUUCAUACUUUACACAAAGUUGAUUCUGAAUGUAUUUAAAUUCACAUGUAACUGCACAUGAACUGCUCCUAUAAAACCUCUGUGGAACAUGGUCCUUAUAAGAGUGGAUCAAGUCAAGUGUUGUUACUGUAUUAAAGUAACUACUGUAAAUGUCACUUAAAGUAAAGUGUUGCCCACAAUUGUUGUGUUUAACAAUUGAUGAAUGUUUCCAUUUAUUUUGAAUGCUCUAAACAAGAAGUUGUCCUCCCAAAGAUUAAAAUUCGUAUUUAUUUAGUGGAGCCCGUUUGUGCAAUGAUACAUAAUACAUGUGUAAUUGGGCCAUUUGAUGCUUUUCAUUUGAUUAAUAGAUGAUUUACUUCACCUCAAAUAUUUUUAACAAGAGAGUCCAUCGUCCCCAAUACAGCCCACAGUCCUUAAUUAACCAGAAUAAUCCUAUGAAGAUUGAAUAUAAAUAUACUAAGAAUCAUUCAUUCUUUUGUAGCAAAUCAUUCAAAACAGCAGUCACCUGUGUGCAUUUACUGUAGGGUCAUCUUUGAAAGUUUGUGUGCAUUUCAUUUCAGCUUUUUCUCACUUACAUUUUGCACAAUGAUGGCAGUACUCUUUAGUUUUACCAGAUAUUUUCUGGACAUUAUUAUUACAUGUAUUAUUUGUAUUAUGUUUCUUUGGUAUACAUUUCCCAAUUGGUACAACUUUACUGUGUCUUGAUGUUAUAUUGUGUUGUGUUAAUAUAUUAAGUGUACUCUUCAUGUAAUAUGCAUAUAAGUAUUUAACAAUGAUCUAUUACAACAAGUCAUUCAUGAAAAACACCUAUUAACUGAUGAUAGGUCAUGCGUAAUUAUUUCUGGAACUGAGCACAAAAUUGGUCCUUCGUAAGUAUUUUUGUUGUCUGCUGCAAAAACUCAAAUGAAGUCCUCGAUUCAUUAUUCAUUUUUGUCAAAGACAAUUUGCAAUUCAUUCACUCUCACUUUUUAUAUGAAGAGUACACGGAUUUGUUUUAGGACUGGUGUUGUAUCAACUGUAAAGUUAUGUGGUUCAUCACUGGUUGACUUUACCGAUAUGUUUAUGCCAGUCUAUGCUCAAUGCAUUCUGUUUUGUAUAAAGUGGAUGUAUCUCUUUUUGAUGCCAUCACCAUUCUGAGCUUUUAAAGAAAUGUAGGAGAUUCAGGUUUAGAAACCAUUUUUAGAUAUUAUUGUACAGUACUGUAUAAUACUUAAUGUGCUGUUGACAUACAGUGGGGGAAAAAAGUAUUUAGUCAGCCACCAAU